AUGAGGGUGAAAGCCCCGGAGAAAUACGAGCUUUCCAAUUCUGGGAGUCAUGUCGACAAUAAUGUGCCCAAUCAUGGGAAAGACUUGUCCAAGGCACCCAAAACAGAAAUCAAUGCCGAUGGCCAUGGGUUCGAGGCUAAUCGAAGUAUUCCUCAGGCUGAACCCGAUGCUUCCAAUGUUGGCGAGACUGUUCCUGAGACAUUAUCCAAGGAAAUACUUCUCGGGCCUAUUGAGUAUAUCAAGGGACUUCCAUCGAAAAAUGUCCGAGGUAUUCUCAUCGAAGCACUGGCCUCCUGGUUCACCAUACCCGAGGAAUCGCUCAAUCGCAUCGAAAGCAUUGUCUCAUCUUUACAUCACGCAUCACUCUUGCUUGACGAUGUUGAAGAUCAAUCCCCGCUUCGUCGGGGAAAACCAUCGGCUCAUCGUAUCUUUGGUGUGUCUCAGACAAUCAACUCAGCCAACUACCUCUACGUCACCGCCGUGGACGAAUUGCUACACUUAAAUGCUAGUACAUCUCAGGAAGCCUUUCUUGACGAGAUGAACAAUCUCCACAUCGGACAAAGCUAUGAUAUCCAUUGGGCUCGCAGGAGCAGUUUUCCCUCUGUGGCCGAAUAUAUGCAAAUGAUCCAAUUCAAAACUGGAGGGUUAUUUUGCAUGCUCGGUCGCUUGAUAUACGCACAAGCGCAAGAACCACGAAAAAUUGGAAUCGAUGACUUGAUCAGCUUCUUAACACUCAUGGGACAGUAUUUCCAAAUUCGGGACGAUUACAUCAAUCUCACUUCAAAGACGUUCCAGGAGCAAAAGGGAUAUGCUGAGGACCUUGAUGAAGGGAAACUAUCAUUCCCCCUUAUACAUCUUCUGUCUCAUUCCCCGGAUCAUCUCCUGAUCGAGAAUAUUCUCCACGAGCGAUCUAAGAACGGGAAGAUGUCAUUUGAAGCCAAGGAGCUCAUACUGGAGAAGAUGAACCAGACCAAGAGUCUUGAAUUCACAAAGGAGACUCUUGCAUCUCUGGAGUCCCAGACAAGAAGUGCACUCUCCAAGCUGGAGAAACAGUCGGGGACAAGUAACUUCAUGCUCCAGUAUUUGAUUGAGCGGCUCUGUGUGUAA